GCUCGCUGCGCCGGGCUGGCCUUGGGAUGCGGGGUGCGGGAGUCUCGCUUCCCACUGGGGCUUGGAAGGACAGAUGGGACCCAGGUGUCCGGGAGCCGGCCGGAUGCGAGGGGUGCCCGGGGGAUGGAUGGGACCCAGGGUGUGGGGCGAGGGGUGUCCCCGGGCCGCCCCCCUGCAGAGUAUCUGGCCGGCGGCAGGAGCUGAGUCUUUCUCCCCCUCCCCUGACAGGGGCCCCCAUGGCCGGCGAGCUGCGGUGCCGGUGCGUGCAGACCGUGUCCAAGGUGAUCUUCCCGAAGCGCAUCGCCCACGUGGAGCUGAUCCCCGAGGGGCCCCACUGCGGGGUGCCAGAAGUCAUCGCCACCACGAAGCAAGGCAAGAAAAUCUGUCUGGAGCCCACCGCGCCCUGGGUCAAGCUGAUCGUCACCAAGAUCCUGAGCAGUAAAUCUAACAAGCUGUGAGGGGAGAAGAGGAAAUGAACAAGGAACUACAACACAAACUACCUGUGUGCACAAGGGGAGGCUGGACAACUAGCCAUGAUGAACUCUCUUCUUUUGAAGAUCUGAUAGACCAGCCUGCGCUCCAUUCAACUUCAACGGUUCCACAAAGUUAUUACAACCUGUGCAUAUUUAUGUAUUUAUUAAUACAGCUCUGUAUAGCUCUUCAACAGCUAGGUGUUUUUGUUCAGCACCGUAGAACUUUCUGAUCACCUGAAGGGAUAAUGCUGCAGUAGUGGCUCAAGAGAUGGCUUGUUGUUAAUCGAGUACACAUUCUCAAUAACCCAUCAGCUCAGAUGGAUAGUACUGUGAAGCUGUGCCUUUCACACUGGGGAUGUGCAGGAUGCCUGCUGGUUUGUGAAUAACCAGAGCUUUGGAUUCUGGAGCUGCCAAGCAUUUAGCCUCUGUGCCCACAAAUAUGUAGGAUUACAAAAUGAAAUCCAAUUAGAACAAGCCCAAUAACUUGCUACUGAAAAUGUGGCUUCCAGUCACUAGCUGAACUUUCUGAAAACUCUUUAGGGCUCUCUUUUGAUGAGUGUUAAAUUAUUUCUAUGCACUUUAAAUAUUUGCUAUUUAUGCUGAAGGUUUAAGAACAGUAAGGUUCUGAACAUCCCUGGACAUUUUAUGUCUUCAUUGUAUGACACGCUGUCAUGUUUUGUGUAGAAUUGGUAUUGCAAAUUGUACGGUACUAAAGGGAGUUACACCUAAAAUAAAUAUUUUCUGAUGAAAA